AUGGGUUCCAUCUCACACAUGAAACUCAAGCGCACACCGCUCAAAAACUCCGGCUCCAUCGACCACCUCGAAUACAUCGACGUCACACCCAUCAUCGGUCGCGAAUAUCCAACCGCCAAACUGAAAGAUAUCCUCCAUGCACCCAACUUCGAAGACCAAAUCCGCGACCUGGCCAUCACCAUCUGCGAACGAGGCGUGGUCUUCUUCCGCGCUCCUCAAGAUGACUUGACCGUCGCGGAACAGAAGACUAUUACGGAUUUGCUUGGGAAGUUGACGGGACGCCCCAAGGAGCAUGGUCUGCAUGUUCACCCGCUGUAUAAUGAUCCGAAUAAUAUUCCUAUGGCGGAUGGGACGACAGAUAAGAAUAUUUACGUGAUCAAUUCCGAAGCCAUGAAAAAGCUGUACAAGACGAUGAAAGAUCGACCGAACAGCACCGGCGAACCCAAGGACCUCAGCAGAGAAUGGCAUAGUGAUUGCCUCUUCGAAGAAUGUCCCGCCGACUUCUCCUUUCUUCGCAUGCAAGACACGCCCCCUUCGGGCGGCGACACAUUAUGGGUCUCUGGAUACGAACUGUACGACCGCCUCUCUCCCCCGUUCGCUCGCUUCCUUGAGACGCUCACCGCCACCUGCGCUCAACCCGUCUUCAAAUCCGCCUGCGAAACCGGCGGAUACGAGCUGAUGUCUCCGCGCGGUUCACCAUUGAACAUCGGCGAUAAAUUCGCCCCUGUCCACCCAGUGAUCCGCACACAUCCCGUGACGGGGUGGAAGAGUCUAUUUGCGGGCGUAGGGCUGCACGUGAGCAGGAUCAAUGAUGUCUAUGCAUACGAGGAUCAGAUGAUUAGGGACUAUGUUCUCAGGUUGAUUACGAGGAAUCAUGACUGUGUGGCAAGGAUGCAUUGGACCAGGCAGGCAUGUGCGAUUUGGAGUAAUGCGUGCACGUUGCAUGCCGCCACGCCGGACACGCAUCUUGUCGAUGGAAUCAGAGUUGGCGUACGUGCUUCUGGUGUUGGUGAGCGCCCGUAUCUCGACCCAGCAUCUACAGGGCGUAGGGAAGCUUUGGGGUUGCCGAAAGUGUAA